AUGUAUCAGAAGAAUUGUAUCGUUCACCUUGUUCAGAGACUAGCCGGCUGCAUUUCAGAUAUUUGUAUUAUCAAGAGUUUCUACAAUGAGAGUUAUUACUCCCGAACGGGCAGUCUUCUGUCUGACAGCGUCAUGACCACUCUCUGGUCCGUCUCCGUCUCGAUCUUCAGUGUGGGUGGAAUGGUGGGUUCCUUCUCCGUCGGAGUGUUUGUCAACCGCUUCGGAAGGAGGAACUCCAUGCUGAUGGUUAAUGUCCUGGCCUUCAUCGGGGGAGCGAUGAUGGGAUUCUCCAAGCUGCUCAGAUCCUUCGAGAUGAUCAUCCUUGGCCGCCUGAUCAUCGGCCUGUACUGUGGCCUUGCCACCGGCUUCGUGCCCAUGUAUGUGGGCGAGAUCUCCCCCACCAAACUCCGAGGAGCCUUUGGGACCAUGCACCAGCUCGGAGUGGUAAUCGGAAUCCUCAUCGCCCAGAUUUUUGGACUGCCCUCUCUCCUGGGCACUGCUGAACUGUGGCCCCUCCUGUUAGGAUUCACCGCCCUCCCAUCGUUGAUCCAGUGUGGUCUGCUGCUCUGCUGUCCAAAGAGUCCCAGAUUCCUACUGAUCAACCGGAACGAGGAGGACGAGGCUCGGGCGGUUCUGCAGAAGCUGUGGGGCAUAACCGACGUGGAUGCCGAUAUCCAGGAGAUGAAGGAAGAGAGCCGGAAAAUGUCCCUGGAGAAGCGGGUCACCAUCGGGGAGCUAUUCCGCUCACCCAUCUACCGUCAGCCUCUGAUCAUAUCCGUGGUGAUCCACCUUUCCCAGCAGUUGUCUGGGAUCAAUGCGGUUUUUUAUUAUUCAACAAAUAUCUUCACCAAGGCCGGAGUCUCACAGCCGAUUUACGCAACUAUAGGAGCUGGGAUUGUUAAUACAGCUUUCACUGUGGUCUCGCUCUUCCUGGUGGAGCGAGUUGGCCGCCGAACGCUGCAUCUGGUUGGUCUGGCGGGAAUGGCCUUAUGCGCACUCCUGAUGACCAUCACCCUCAAACUGCUGGAUACGGUGCCGAGCCUGAGUUACCUGAGCAUCGUGGCCAUCUUUGGGUUUGUGGCUUUCUUCGAGGUGGGCCCCGGACCCAUCCCCUGGUUCAUCGUGGCAGAACUCUUCAGCCAAGGCCCACGGCCGGCGGCGGUGGCUGUAGCGGGCUGUUCAAACUGGACAUCCAACUUCCUGGUGGGAAUGUUUUUCCCCAUGGUGGAGGACGCCUGUGGUCCCUACGUCUUCAUCAUCUUCAUGACGCUGCUCAUCGUUUUCCUCAUCUUCACCUACUUCAAAGUCCCGGAGACCAAGGGCAGAACCUUUGACGAGAUCAGCUCCGCUUUCCGGGAACGCCUGGAUCAGCCGGGAGCAGAGAAAUCCCCCAUGGUGGAGCUGGGAGAGCUAAAGGUGUCCGGGAAUCCUGGGAGCACCGAGUCUGGGAUCUGAAGGGGCCGGGCUGAGGAAGGGGUGGUCCCCCUGAAUCCCUCCGUCACCCCCUCCCCCUCCCCCUCCCCCUGAAUCCCUC